AUGAUUGAAGAAAUUCUACACGGCAUGACCCCCGGGAGGGCCGUCCUGUGGGCCCUGGGGAUAUUCACGGCCCUCUCUGUGUUUCGCAAGCUCCAAGUUUCCGCCCAGAUCUCACGCCUGGGCGCACGGGCACCCAAGAUCAGUUUCCGGUAUCCAUAUGCACUCGACUUCCUCUAUAAGGGCCACCUGGCCAAUCAAGCUGGCCAAGACCUCGAAUUCUGGAGGAACACUAUUAUCAAGGCCGGAGGUUCCACCAAAUCCAAAACUUCUGAGCUUGAUGCAGGUAUUUCAACCCGAAUGAUCUUGACUAUAGACCCUGAGAACAUCAAGGCCGUCCUCACUGGUCAAUUCGCCGACUAUGGCAAGGGCGAAUCUUUCCAUCGCGAGUGGAAAGAGUUCCUCGGCGACAGUAUUUUCGCUACUGAUGGUGAAUUGUGGUCAAAAUCCCGCCAACUGAUUCGUCCCAUGUUUGCUCGUGAUCGCAUUGUUGACACCGAGAUCUUCGAAAAGCAUGUUCAGAAGCUGAUCGACCUCCUCGGUGGAAGCCCCUCGCCUCAAGGCAGCAAGGUCGUGGAUGUCGGCUCGCUCUUUUUCCGGUACACUCUCGAUGCAGCGACCGACUACCUCCUUGGGCAAGGCACUGAUUCUCUCGAGAACCCUGCCACACGUUUUGCAGAGGCGUUCAGAUAUGUGCAAGCACGUCAAGCCGAGCUAUUCCGAUUCGGUGUUUUCAGCUCUCUCAUGUCACGCAAAGAGUUCCGCGCUAAUCUCAAAAUUAUGGACGAGUUCAUCCAGCCAUACAUUGACACCGUGCUUUCUCUGUCUACGGCAGAGCUGGACCAGAAGCUGUCAAACCGCGAAACCUUCCUCGAUGCACUAGCUCGCUUUACCCGUGACCCGCGCAUUCUGCGGGAUCAACUCGUAGCUGUUCUUCUCGCAGGCCGAGAUACCACGGCUGGAACCCUGUCCUUCUGCCUGUUCGAACUCUCUCGGCACCCUGAGGUUGUCGCGAGACUUCGUCAAGAGAUCAACGACCGUUUGGGCCUAGGUGCUAACGGGCGUAAACCGAGCUACAAUGACCUGAAGGAUAUGAAGUACCUGAGUGCCGUGAUUAAUGAAACUAUGCGCGUGUACCCCGUUGUGCCAUUCAACGUUCGAUACUCGCUCAAGGAUACCACGCUUCCGCGUGGCGGUGGGCCGGACGGUCUUGAGCCUGUUGGCGUGCGAGCGAACUCCCGAGUCAUCUACUCGACCAUUCUGAUGCAGCGUGAUCCUGAUCUGUACGACGGCCCCGAUUCGAAGAACUACUUUGACCCCGUCAAGUGGAUCCCCGAGCGCUGGGUAUCGGGAUGGUCGCCGCGUCCUUGGCACUUUAUUCCUUUCAAUGGAGGGCCUCGUAUCUGCAUUGGGCAGCAAUUUGCGACGAUUGAAAUGGGUUAUACUAUUAUUCGUAUCUUACAGACUUAUGAACGUAUCAUUGCUUUGCCUGUCAGUGGCAAGGAUCGUGUUGAGGAUCCUCGGUUGCGGUUUGAGGUCACUCUCAGCCCUGGAGAGGAACUCAACUGUAUCUUUGUUAAAGAGGGUGAGGAUUAUCAGCGCUCAAAAUAG